UUGUUUUUCAAAUGAUAAAAAACAUAAAACAAAAGCUGGUAUUUCCGGCUCCGGCGUAGAUUGAGCAGCCAAUCAGCGUGCGCGACCACACCAAAUCCCGGAAGAAGGAAGCAGAGUCUGAAAAGAGCGCCUUGCUUAAAACAGUGGAGACGUUACCUGAAGUGUCCUCUUAUUCCUCCACCUCCAUCACUGUGACCAUGAGUUUCCUCAGUGGUCCAAGCAGCAGCACCAUCCAGGAACAGAGAGACCGAUGGGAGAGAAAACGCACCCGAACGGCCAAGGAGUUAGUGAAGACUGAACAGCAGUACUGCCAACAGCUGGAGCUGGUCACAACUUACUUUGUGGAAAUCUUGAAGGCCAAAGGAACCCUGAGGCAGGACAUUAGAGAAAACAUCUUCAGUUCAAUUAAAGCAAUUCACUCCAUAAACCAGUCUCUUUUGGUCCAUUUGGAGAAUGGCUACUUUGGUCGGGGAUUUGACCAGUUCUGUCCACAUUUGCAGCACUACAACACAUAUGUGGACAACAUCUAUAAUGCCAGCAAAGUGCUUGGGAUCCAGCUGAAGAAAAACAAGACCUUCAGACGUUUCAAGAAACUACAGGAGGCACGGCCGGAGUUCAACAACCAAAGGCUUGAGGAGUUACUGCAACUGCCUGUUCUAAGGAUUGAUCAGUAUAAGCAUUUCUUGCAAGACCUGGCUGCCAACACAUGUCCAGACACUCCAGAGUUUGAGCAGCUUUCAAGGGCAGUGACUGCAGUGUGCGAGGUGUCCCAGCGCAUCGAGAACAACACAAGGCGCCAUGAGAACCACCUGCAGCUUUGCCGGGUGCAGAAACUGCUGAAAGGACGGAGUACAAAGGUGCUGGCUGCAGGGAGAUGGUACAUCCGUGAGGGCUGGCUAAAAGUGGUUCCUCCCAAAGGUAAGGAGGCCAAACCCAAGAUGUUCUUCCUGUUCUCUGACAUGCUGCUGCAGGCCAAGCGCUGCAGCCAGCUACAUCCCUCCAAUGGAGACAAGUUCACGGGCCAGCACAUGUACCCCCUGCAGGACUGCACUGUGGAGAAGGUGUUUGGGCACACCAAGAGCCGAGGAGGCCUGCUCAGUCUAAACUUCCCCAAAGCCAAAGUGCUGUUGAUGUCCAGCAACCAGGAGGAUCUGAAUGACUGGUACCAAAGCCUGAGCUCAGCAGUCAGGAAGCUGCAGUCCAAACAGACGGUGGUCUAUCAGAGAGACAAUCCCGUCCACUCUGCUGCUGCUGCUGCUGACGCACUGAGCAGCAGCGACAGUAACGCUGGAAGGAAGAGGAACUUGGAGGCUCACAAACCUCCUGUUGAGUGGGAAAGCAGCGCCCCCAAGAGGAUGAAGCAGUCCACUGCUCCAGAGCAGAGCAGUGCUGAGGAAUCCACCUCUAGCUGUGUGAUCCUCUAACGUGCCCACUGUCGUUUCGGCCUCUCUGAUUGGACAGUCAGGAGAGGCGUGGCUCGUGACUAACAGCAGCUUCAGCUUCUGCUCACCCUGUGCAAUAUAAACUACAAUGACAUGCUGCUGCUUUUAAAGACCAAAAUAUCUGAUGAAUGUUUAUCAGCUCCUAGUGAUCCAUUCAGCAAAGAUGCAUCUACUGACCUUCACUGCUAACGCACCACUCCACGAGUCGACAUUUGAUUAUAUUUAUACUUAUUUACAGGCAGAAUUCAGAAGCAGGGGAUGAAAUGGAGGUAGAUACCUGAGUAGUAGCUAGAAAGAAACUAUAACUACAUGGGGAAAUGGUGUAAAUGUCACUUUAUUACAUGACAAACCAAGGCAGUAGGUGCAGGUUCACAAAUACUCAUUCUGUUUAAACACAUUUCACUUUCUACUGAUUUCAAAUUUGGAGAUGUGCACACUGUUUGUUUAUUUCUAGUCUUUACCAGCAGUGAAGCAGCCAUGUUACAUCCACGUCACGUGGGUUUUUAUCUGUCAUUACGUCAUUAUCAGCCUCUGAAAUGACAUUUCUACUCCAAAAAUGACCAAAUAUUUAACAACUAAUUGAAAUUGAAAUUAUUGUGAAAUUUGCACUACUACAAAAUACAUAGCAUAUUUUAUGUUAUUUUCCUUUUUCCAGAAGGACACUUAUUAAAGAAAUGUAUUCUGUAGUAAGUUCCUCAUAAUGCCAAAAGACUGAUGUCUUUAUGACUCGUGUCCCGAAAAUACCAAAAUGCCCUCUUAGUUCAUGUCCUAACAACCCUAAGAUGUCCUCAGAACUUAAAAUAAUGACCUCAUAGCACAAAAAAAAAGAUCUUAAAGCACAUAAAUGUCCUCACAAACUAAAAAGUCCUAGCUCAGAACAUUAAAAAAAAAUAAAUGUCAUAAUACCAACGUGUCAUCAGAGCUUUAAGUGACUGGGAUGUCUUUAUGACUCUUGUCCUCACAAACUAAAAUGUCCUCAUAAGGAUUACUCUAAAGCAAAUGCAUUCACUGACCCUGGUAAAUAUCAUCACUUCUGCCGGAUCUACAGCGUGUUGAGAUGAAGAUGCAUUCAGGAAACCUUGCAAAUUUCAUAAAUUCUGCUAACAUUCGAAGUGCGCUGCUUAAAUUUAUAGUUGCACCACAAAUUCACAAAUAUGGUAAUUACACGAGUAGAAAGAUUUGAUUUUAUAAAAAAUAAAAGCCAUUUGUUUUAUCUUACAAAUAGUCAAUGUAACUGAUUGACUUGUUAUAACAAAGUAAAUCAUCCCCUAACACUAAUGAAUCCAUGAGUCAAACUAUGUCGCAGUUUAAUGGUUUCAUUGAUCCAUUUAUCUUUACUUAAUAAUUCGACAAUUUGUUUGUUUGCUAUUGUUGUGACUGAGAGUUUAUACAUGGACGCUCCAUGCUGAUGAUGUCAACAAUACAAGCUAAGUGAAUGUUAAUGUAACAAUGAUCACAUAAGUGAACCUGCCAUGCCGUCAUACAGUUUUAAUAUAUAUCCUUCUCCUGUAUGGAAUGUCCGAUUAGACUGAUUGUUGUGUUGCCACACACACACACACACACACACACACACACACAUAUAUAUAUAUAUACACAUUGACUGUUAUAGCCUUUACAUGGGAGACACUGAUUAAAUGAGUUCAUUUAAUUAAGUGCACUGUAUGUUACAAUGACAGCAUUAACACUUUUUUUCUUGAUUCUCUUAAAAUUUUGAUAUUCACCAUAAUCAUAAUCCAUGUUAUCUUGCAAUCGACAAAUACUUUCUUGUUUUCUUUGUACUUUAUAUAUUUUACUCAGCGUUUUUAAGCUGAGUUUGUAUUUCAGUUUGUUUUUAAAAAUCCUUUUUUCUUUUAAAAAUCCUCCCCUUAAAAAUGUAUCCCUUUUGUUUAAAAACAAAAAAGCUACUAUAUAAAGCUGGUUGCUAAUCUUCGAUGGAACAUGAAAAUGUUGGUAAUUAGCCAAUAAAAAUCAAAAACAAA